AUGGCUGAUCAACUCAACAUGAACGGCCUUAACAUCGGCCCCAAUGGCGGAGCGCACACCCUGCAGCGGUCUUACAUCCCACCUCAUAUGAGAGGAAAGGUGGCUGCUAAUGGCAGUGCGCCCGCCCCUGUUGCUGCCGAGGCUGCCCCUCCUGUCAAUGCGGCCGCUCCGGCUGCUGCAGGCCCUGCUGCCACUGGCCCGGCGCCCACACCUGCCGGUGCUGCUGCUGCUGGUCUCAACAACAGCGCCUGGUCUGGAAACCAGAACGUGAAUGCCCGCCCCGCAAAUGGCUGGAGCGGUGGAGGACAGCAGCGUCAGGGCUGGGAUCGGCCUCAGAGCUUCAACCCCAACGCAUACGGCGGUGCUGGCGGUGCUGGCGGUGCCGGUGGUCCUGGUAGUGCUGGCGGUGGCCACGGCGGCCACGGUGGUGGUGGCCACGGUGGCGGCGGUGGUGGUGGCGGUUACGCCCGUGGGUCUGGUGAUGGCCAGUGGCGCGAUGGAAAGCACAUUGCCGGUCCGGCCAACCCUCGCGUGGAGCGGGAGUUGUUUGGUCUGCCGGAUGAUCCGUCGAAGCAACACACCGGUAUUAACUUUGAAAAGUACGACGAUAUUCCCGUCGAGGCAUCGGGUCAUGACGUUCCCGAUCCCGUUCUCACAUUUACCAACCCUCCUCUGGAUGACCACCUGAUUCACAACAUUGAGCUUGCUCACUACAAGGUGCCCACUCCGGUUCAGAAGUACUCGAUUCCCAUCGUCAUGGGUGGUCGCGACCUCAUGGCCUGUGCUCAGACUGGUUCUGGCAAGACUGGCGGUUUCCUCUUCCCGAUUCUGUCCCAGGCUUUCAUCACCGGCCCUUCUGUUGUGCCCAACGGCCAGGCCGGUAACUUUGGCCGUCAGCGCAAGGCCUACCCCACGUCUCUGAUUCUCGCCCCCACCCGUGAGCUGGUGUCUCAGAUCUACGAGGAGUCCCGCAAGUUUGCCUACCGCUCGUGGGUCCGACCCUGCGUUGUGUACGGUGGUGCCGACAUUGGCUCUCAGCUUCGCCAGAUUGAGCGUGGUUGCGAUCUCCUGGUGGCCACGCCUGGCCGACUUGUUGACCUCAUAGAGCGAGGCCGCAUCUCGCUGUGCAACAUCAAGUACCUUGUGCUUGAUGAGGCUGAUCGCAUGCUGGACAUGGGUUUCGAGCCCCAGAUUCGCCGCAUUGUGGAGGGCGAGGAUAUGCCGGGUGUGAACGAACGUCAAACCCUGAUGUUUUCCGCCACCUUCCCUCGCGACAUUCAGAUGCUGGCCCGUGAUUUCCUCAAGGACUACGUCUUCCUUUCCGUCGGCCGUGUCGGUUCGACUUCGGAGAACAUUACCCAGAAGGUGGAGUACGUGGAGGACAACGACAAGCGCUCCGUGCUGCUCGACAUUCUUCACACCCACGGCGCCGGCUUGACGCUGAUCUUCGUCGAGACGAAGCGCAUGGCCGACUCGCUGUCGGACUUCCUCAUUAACCAGAACUUCCCGGCCACAUCCAUUCACGGCGACCGUACGCAGCGCGAGCGUGAGCGGGCGCUGGAGAUGUUCCGCAACGGUCGUUGUCCCAUUCUCGUUGCCACUGCCGUUGCUGCUCGUGGUCUUGAUAUCCCGAACGUCACGCACGUUGUCAACUACGACCUGCCCACCGACAUUGACGACUACGUCCACCGUAUCGGUCGUACUGGUCGUGCGGGUAACACUGGUCUGUCGACGGCCUUUUUCAACCGUGGCAACCGUGGCGUUGUCCGCGAGCUGAUUGACCUCCUGAAGGAGGCCAACCAGGAGGUCCCUGCCUUCCUUGAGACCAUUGCUCGCGAGAGCUCCUUCGGUGGUGGUGGCCGUGGUGGCCGCUCUGGUGGUGGCCGUGGUCGCGGCCAGAGUGCCAACCGCGAUUUCCGCAAGCUUGGAGGUGGUGGCUUCGGCGGCAACACCGGUGGCGGCGGCGGCGGCGGCUUCGGCGGCUCCAGCGGCGGCGGCGGCUAUGGUGGCAGCAGCGGUGGUGGCUACGGCGGUCCGCCGCAGAACUCUGGCUAUGGUGGUGGUGGUGGUGGCAGCUACGGCGGUGGUGGUGGCGGUGGCAGCUACGGCAACCCGGGCGGCCCUGGUGCCUCCUGGUGGUAG